AUGACCAACUCUGAAAUUCAACGUAUGUCUACUCCAGUCGAAGAAGUUUCUCAACAACUAGAAUCCAAACAAGACAUUGGAUUUGUCUUUGACAUUGACGGUGUUCUCUUGAAGGGAAAGAAGAGAAUCGUGGAAGCAACCGAAAUCAUCACAUAUUUGCAAAAGGAAAAAAUUCCAUUCAUUCUGCUCACCAAUGGUGGUGGUAUGACGGAGAAGAAGAGGAUAGAUUUCAUCAACAUGACACUACAAUUGGAAACCCCAAUCCAUCCUGAUCAGUUGAUCCAGGCACACACUCCAAUGAAAACCUUGAUUCCUCACCAUAAGAGAGUCCUUAUUUGUGGUGGUCCAAAGGAUGACGUUAGAGAAGUUGCAGAAAGUUAUGGCUUUGAAGACGUCAUUAGACCGGUUGAUAUCAUUAGGGCAAAUCCUACCAUUUGGCCAUACCACAUGUUCACCGAUGAACAGAUUGAACAGUGGGGUAGAGAUCCAAACGACACGAAACUGGAUGUCGACGGAACCGGAUGCAAGGAAAACUUGCCAAUUGAUUCCAUUUUAUGUUUCAACGACUCUAGAGCACUUGGUGCAGAAAUCCAAAUCAUUUCCGAUUUGCUCAACUCGGAAAAUGGUGUUUUGGGUACAAGGAGAACAGUCAAGUCCAGCAAACCUUCGAUUCCAAUUGUUUUCUCCAACAAUGAUUUCCUAUGGGCCAACGAGUUUGUGCAGCCAAGAUUUGCAAUGGGUGUCUUGAAAAUCGCAACCCAAACCAUAUACUCGAAGAUCAACGGUGGUGAAGAGUUGGAACAACUCACUUUGGGUAAACCUGAAAAAGUGUGUUACGAUUACGCCCACCAUAUUUUGAUUGAUUGGAGAGAUGUCUUGUUGGGCAAAAAGAAGGCCGGUAACGUUUGUUUGCCUCAACUGAACAACGAGCCAUUGAACUCGCCAUUCAAGAAGGUUUACAUGGUUGGUGAUAACCCAGAAAGUGACAUCACCGGUGGUAAUAGAUAUAACUGGGGUACUAUUUUGGUGAAAACUGGUGUCUAUCAAGAGGGUGACUUUGAAAGAAACCCAGAAAUUUCAAAACCUAGUUUGGGUGUCUUUGCAAACGUUAAAGAAGGUGUUAUGCAUGCCCUCAAAUUGAAUGGUUUAGCAUAA